AGAGAGAGAGAGAGAGAGAGAGAGAGAGAAAUUUUUUCUUGGGAAUUCUGUGGCAUUUGAUAAAAACCGGUCGAUCCCACAGGGCCUACUAAUUAUCUUCAAAAGGCAUUGUUUGGAUCACUUCUUCAUUAUGCUUGGGAAUUGGAGUUCAGUUUCCUUUACCUCGGAGGAAAUUGAGCUUAAUUACGCAAACUUUGGUCGUAAUUCAGAUCGUAGAGUUGAUCGUUCGUAGUUGAUAGUUCUUGGCAGCGAAGGAGAUUAUUCAAUUAAAUGAAUUGUCAGUACAUAAAGUAUCUGAGGGGACAUCUGUGGAGUUAAUUUUCUCGGGAAACAGUCAGGAAAAAUUUUCUAUUCGCUGGGAAUUCUGUUUUUCGUGAUAGAGAAAGUGAGUGCGCCUCCGAUCUUCAAGGGAGGCGCAUGCAAAGUUCUCUUACGAGGUUCUUCUCCGACUACUUGGUGCGGAUCGGUCUGAGAAGCAGUUGGAGAAUUUCGCUGGGAGUUUGAAAGUUCCGGAAAUUUGACCUUGUAGAGGGUAAUUCUGUGUUUUCCAAGUGCAAACUGCAGAAUUCAGUUGAAUUACAAGAAAUUAACGCCGAAAGAUUAUCUGAGAAUGGAGCUGCCUCAACCCCGUCCAAUUGGAACCGAAGGUAAGAAAGCUACGCAUGACUUUCUUUCACUGUAUUCACCUGUUCAACAAGAUCCAAGACCUGCGCAAGGUGGCCACCUUAAGACGCAUGACUUCUUGCAGCCACUAGAAGAAGGAAGGACAAGGACUUCCAAGGAAGACAACAAAGUUAAAGUAACAACCGUUGAAAAGCCUCCGCCACCCGCUCCUCCAUCAGUGGAGCACUUUCUCCCAGGAGGUAUCGGGACUUACACAAUCAGCCACAUUUCAUAUAUCAGCCAAAGGGUUCCGAAACCAGAGGGGGCAGCUCAGGAAAUUAGUACUGAUAGAAAUGAGGAAAACUCAAACAGCAGUUCUUACACGGGAAGUGGUUUCACUCUGUGGGAAGAAUCUGUGGCAAAGAAGGGAAAGACAGGGAAGGAGAAUAUGGAUAGUGACGGUAGACAUGUUAUGAGAGAUAUGGGGAUGAAGAUAGGAGGAGGGCAAUGGACAUCAUCAGAGCGGUCAUCACAAUCAUUUUCCAACCACAGCCAUCAUAGCAACAUGUUCAGCUCUCUGUCUUCCUCUCAGCCACCAUCAGCUCAGAAGAAUCAGAGUUUCAUGCAGUUGAUAAAUUCUGCUAAAGGUGGCCAAGAAGAGGAGGACGAUGAUGACGAUGAUGAUUUUAAUAUCAAGAACGACUCCUCCCACCAAAAAAGUAACUUGACGGUUAAAAUUGAGGGAAAAUGCAAUGAUCAGAGGGCCAACACUCCACGGUCGAAACACUCUGCGACAGAGCAGCGGAGAAGAAGCAAAAUCAAUGACAGAUUCCAAAAGUUGAGAGCGCUCAUUCCCAACAGUGAUCAAAAGAGAGACAAGGCAUCAUUUUUACUAGAGGUUAUUGAGUACAUUCAGUUUUUACAAGAGAAAGUGCACAAAUAUGAGGGCUCAUACCCAGGAUGGAACCAUGAGCCACCAAAGUUGAUGCCAUGGGGUAACAGUAACAAGCCCGCUGAAGGAUUUGCUGACCAAUUUCGAGGCACAAAUGGGGUGUCUGGUACAGUGCUAACAACAAAUGGUGUGUCUGGUCCAGUGCUAUCCUUUCCUGUAAAGUUUGAUGAGAACAUCAUCAUCGACUCCCCUGCCAUUCCCAGGAGUGGGCAGAAUCCUGUAGAGUCGGACAUGAGCACUGCUACUACUUUCAAAGCUAUGGAUUAUAACUCUGGAGCAGAAAAUAAGGAAGUGCCCCUGCUGCUGCAGCCAAACUUUCCUCCUGGUAGAAGCAGCAGUGCUCCACUUCCACCAAGACUGGCACCUGACACAGAGAACAUAGCAGCUCAGUCAUUGUCCCAAUUAUGGCAGGGCAGCUCACGCAUGACUGACUGCACUCUUGCAAGUGAUAAGCUGAAACAACAAGAUCUUGCUAUUGAUAGUGGUACAAUUAGCAUCUCAAGUGUGUAUUCUGAAGGGUUGUUGAAUACUCUGACACAAGCACUGCAGACCUCUGGAGUGGAUUUGUCAAAAGCUAGUAUUUCAGUGCAAAUUGAUCUCGGGAAGCAAGCAAAUAGUAGACUUGAUUCCUCAACGCCCAUUGUUAAGAAUGAUGAUGUUCCGGCUAGAAAUCAAGCAAUGGCACAUUCUAGACUUGUAAGCACCAGGGAGGAGUCUGAUCAAGCCUUUAAGAGGCUCAAAACUGGCAGAAGCUAGUGUGACAUUUGGAUAUAUUAUUUUCCUCAGAUUUAUUAUUUUUUGGAGUCCCUAUCCCUUAGUAGGGGAUCAUUCAUGAUGUGUUCUCCUGGUACAAUAACUACCCAGUCAAGAUCAAGACCACCUGUACAUGUAGCAUCUUUUAAGGUUGUUGGGAUGCACAGAUUUACCUAACAAACAUGCGUUAUCUAUAAGUCUGUCACUGUUUGUUUAUUACUGUAGAGGCUUCCAUUCUGAUGUUGAGAAGCUGCUCUAUUUUCUCCGGUCAAGGAUUCCAUUCUUGUACGUUCUAAACAUGUUUCUUCUUGUGAUGUAACAAGUUUUAUUUUUAAUUUGAUGCUGUUAGUAUUAAAUACAAUUGUUUGUGCUAAAUUUGUAAAAGACUUUGUUUUGGA